AAUAUCCAGGGCAAGGAUGCUAAACGAGCCAUCGCCGAUGAUACAUUCGAUGACUGCCUUUCUUGCAGAGUAACAGGGUCUGCCGCAUUCGUUGGUCUGGGCAUCUACAGUUACUAUACGGGAAUGAAAAAUCUACGCCAGCAGGAGAAGACAAUCAUGCAAAGCGCAACCAAAUACAAGAUGGGUUCUCGACAGCUAGGCAUUGCAACUAUUUCGGCAACCUUGGUAGGCAUGGGGAUCUGGAGGGCAAUCAAUUAA